UAUAUAUUAGCAACUAGGGUUUUGAUCACUGCAGUCGCGCCGGAAGAAACCGAGGAAGAACGAUCUACAGAGAAAGUAAACUCCGUGCACAGCCGUCGACAUGGGCCGACUCCACUCUAAAGGUAAGGGAAUCUCAGCAUCUGCUUUGCCGUAUAAGAGAUCACCCCCAAGUUGGCUCAAGACAACCUCCCAGGAUGUUGAUGAAUCCAUCUGCAAGUUUGCGAAGAAGGGUUUGACCCCAUCUCAGAUUGGUGUCAUUCUUCGUGACUCUCACGGAAUCCCACAGGUCAAGAGUGUUACUGGAAACAAGAUCUUGAGAAUCUUGAAAGCUCAUGGUCUUGCUCCUGAGAUCCCUGAGGAUCUAUAUCACCUAAUCAAGAAAGCAGUUGCUAUCCGCAAGCACCUUGAGAGGAACAGGAAAGACAAGGAUUCCAAGUUCAGGUUGAUUCUUGUAGAGAGCAGAAUCCACCGUCUAGCUCGUUACUACAAGAAGACCAAGAAGCUCCCUCCCGUCUGGAAGUACGAGUCUACCACCGCAAGUACUCUAGUGGCUUAAGGAAGCAUAGAAUAAGUCAAAGUCCUGCAGGAGCGGCCAUUUCGUUUGCAGCAUUUCAGCUCUUAUAUGACAAUGGACUUUGUAUCUCAUUUUUCUAGUUUUUUGAUGCGAUUUUGAAUUUAAUGAAAAAACUCUUGUUCUUUUAGUUUGGCUAAUAAUAGUCAUUACAUUUAAGGUU